UGGCGAUGCGCGCCGGCGGAAGGGCCUGGCGGUGGGUGCAGCCGGUAGCGGGGCGGCGUCGGUGGGGCUCGGGGGCCGGAGGAGGAGGCGCGGCCAUGGCGGAGGCCGGCGCCGCGAUGGGGCAGAGGAUGGUCUGGGUGGACCUGGAGAUGACGGGCUUGGACAUUGAGAAAGACCAGAUCAUCGAGAUGGCCUGCCUCAUCACCGAUUCCGACUUGAACGUCUUGGCUGAAGGUCCCAACCUGAUAAUAAAGCAGCCGGACGAGCUGCUGGACGGCAUGUCAGACUGGUGCAAAGAACAUCAUGGGCAGUCGGGCCUUACCAGGGCGGUGAAAGAAAGCACAGUAUCUCUGCGCCAGGCCGAGUAUGAAUUCCUGUCUUUUGUCCGGCAGCAGACACCACCGGGACUCUGCCCUCUUGCAGGAAACUCGGUUCAUGCGGACAAGAAGUUUCUUGACAAACACAUGCCGCAGUUCAUGAAGCAUCUUCACUACCGCAUCAUCGAUGUGAGCACCGUCAAAGAGCUAUGCAGACGCUGGUUCCCAGAGGAUUACAAGUUUGCUCCAAAGAAGGCUGCUUCUCACAGAGCUCUCGACGAUAUCCGGGAGAGCAUCAAAGAGCUUCAGUUCUACAGAGGCAGCAUCUUCAAGAGGAAAACGGAUGAAAAGAAAAGGAAGCUGGUGGAAAAUGGUGACAACGAGACCCCCACCAGUUGAUCCCCGUGGCCCUCCUAGCUCCUUUGCAGAAGUCCGAGACCCCCGUCUGCCUCCCGGCCCAUCCCAGACAACAGCUCCCGUCUGCUCCCCGGCUUCCCCGAGGUGGUUCAAAGCAACAGAGUCCUGGAUAUGACUGUUGUUCCGUGUUUGAGCUGUGGCCCUCGAAAACUCUGCAGCUGUUUGCUUUGAGAGAACCUUUUGUGGUUGAAGAGUCCCUUCUGGUUUGAUUUAAGCACUUUCUUUUGCUACAGAAUAAAGCCACUCUGCCAA